CAACGCCUAAAAACAACGAGUCCUCCACUGCCCGCGCACCUCAGCAACAUGGUGAGCAAGCACCUCAAACCCCUCUACCAGCUGGUCGUGAACAACUUCUUCAUCGUCGUCGUGGCACCAGUCACAGCCGUCGUCCUUCUCCGCAAAGCCGCGCAACUCGGCCCCGACGAGCUGCUCUCCCAGCUCCAUGGGCUGCGGCAGGUCCAUGUCUUCCUCGCCGUCUUCCUACCGUUCGCCAUGGCCACCCUCUACUUCAUGCGCCGCCCUCGUAGCGUGUACCUCGUGGACUACGCCUGCUGCCGGCCCAAAUCCAAUUGCCGCGUAUCCAUAGGCUCCUUCAUCGAGAGCGCCCGUCUGUCGCCGUACAUCGACGACGGCACCUUCCGUUUCAUGACGCGCAUGCUGCAGCGCUCGGGCCUGGGCGACCAGACCUACCUCCACCCUUCGCUGCACCACAUCCCGCCGCACUGCUGCCUGAGCGAAAGCCGCGACGAGGCGGAGCAGAUCAUCUUCGCGACCGUCAAUGACCUGCUCGCCAAGACGGGCAUAAGUCCCGAAGCGAUCGACAUACUCGUCACCAACUGCAGCGGCUUCACCCCGACGCCGAGCUUCACCGACAUCAUCGUGAACAAGUACAAGCUCCGAGGAGACAUCCGGAAUGUGAACAUGUCCGGGAUGGGGUGCAGCGCUGGGGUGAUCUCCCUCGAUGUGGCGAGGAGCCUCCUGCAGGCGGCGCCGCGGGGCGCGCACGCCCUCGUGGUGUCCAUGGAGAUCACCUCCUUCAUAUACUACACCGGACCGGACCGGACGAUGCUGCUGCCAGGUGCGCUCUUCCGGAUGGGCGCGGCGGCGGUGCUACUGUCCACGUCCAGGGCCAAGUCCCGGCUCCGGCUCAAGCACAUUGUGCGAACACUCAACGCCGCCAAGGAUAGAGCCUACCUGUGCGCGUCGCUCAAGGAGGACGAGCAUGGAGAGACGGGGAUAUACCUGUCCAAGGACCUCGUGCCCGUUGCCGGAGAAACGCUCAAGGCCAACAUCGCCGCGUUAGGGUCCGUCGUCCUCCCGCCGUCCGAGAAGCUGCUCUUUGCGCUCUCCUUCAUCGCCCGGAAGGCGCUGGGCAGGAGGAUCAAGCUGUACAUGCCUGAUUUCCGCACGGCCUUCGAGCACUUCUGCGUCCAUUCCGGCGGCCGGGCAGUGAUCGAUGCUGUGCAGACCAGCCUGUGCCUGUCGGAUGAGAACGUGGAGCCAUCGCGGAUGACGCUUCACCGGUUCGGGAACACGUCCAGCAGCUCGCUGUGGUAUGAGCUGGCGUACAUCGAGGCAAAGGGACGGAUGCGGAAGGGUGACCGCGUGUGGAUGGUCGGCUUCGGCUCUGGCUUCAAGUGCAACAGCGCCGUGUGGGAGUGCAUGAGGUCGCCCAGCGACGUCACCACUCUUUGCGCGCCCUGGGCUGAUUCCAUCCAUCAGUACCCUGUGAAGAUCUAGAAAGUACUCCCUCUGUAAAGAAAUGCGUUUAGAUCACUGCUUUAAUGAUCUAAACGUUUUUAUAUUUCUUUACGGAGGGAGUAAUAAGCAGGCUAAAGCGAUGGUGAAUGUACAAGAGUAUGACUGAGUCCGACCAAAUCAUAUCCUUUGAUUGUUCAUGCUAUAAUAUUUCAAGAAUGUAUUUUUGCUAUACUAUUCAUGGCAUUGUCUGACAAAAGAUUUGAGCUCCUUAAUGCCGGGAGAGUAGACUUUCAUUUGCCUAGGGUUCUUCCCUAGAUGUUGUAAACUCUUAACUUUUUAUUAAUGAAAAUGAUAAAAAAUU